AGGCGCACGAUGACACGCCAGGGGAGCGCGGAGGAGCUGGGAUCAGCCGGGAGCGAAAAUGUGAAGGUGGAAUCCGUGUGAGCAGCAUUGUGUGUUGUCACUGGCGUCUCUAGGAAAAAAAAAAGGGAGAAAAAAGAAGAAAGAAAAUAAUAAUAAUAAAAAAGACUGCCGACGUUCACACAGCAAGAGCGGGAGUUUUAUUUGGAUGUUGUAGCUGAGUACGGGUAUUAUCCUGCCUUCUAUUUCUUUUUUCUUAUAUUUUUGUACCCCUCUAUGCCCACCUUCUUCUUCUGAGAAAUUGACUGGAAGCAGUGCUGCUGGGAGUGAGAAGCAUCAUUUGCGUUUAGUGGAUUUUCAUCAUUAUUAUUAUUAUUAUUAUUAUUAUUGUUAUCAAUAAUAUUAUUGCAAAAUUGCGAAGGAGUAAAACUGCCGAAACUGAGGAAUUCCUCGUGCUUUAUGGGAUUAUUUUCUGACGAAGCCGCUUUGUUUUGGAUAACAACCGAUUGGGCAUCAUGAGUUCCAGUGCUUAUCGCCAAGACUCAACAGGCGGUCAGCGGAGCUCUGGACCAAUCCGGUGCCAGCGAUGUCGGGAAGUUUGCAAAGGCGAAGUUGUACGAGUACAAGAGACCCACUUUCAUGUCAAGUGUUUCACCUGCACCGUGUGUAACUGUGAUUUAGCACAAUCUGGCUUCUUCCAGAAGAAGGGCGAAUACAUCUGUACGGCAGACUAUCAGCGUUUGUACGGUACACGCUGUGACCGCUGUGACGCCUUCAUCACGGGAGAAGUGGUCUCUGCUCUGGGACGCACGUACCACCCCAAGUGCUUUGUCUGCAGUGUUUGCAGUAAACCCUUUCCAAUCGGAGACAGGGUGACGUUCAGUGGAAAGGACUGCGUGUGCCAGCAGUGCUCCCACACACUUGUCAAGUCAAAUGAACCGAUCAAGAUCCACGGGCCCAGCCACUGCGCUGGAUGUGGAGCCGAGAUCAAGCAGGGUCAGUCUCUCCUGGCGCUGGACAAACAGUGGCACGUCAGCUGCUUCAGAUGUCGGACUUGCAAUAUGGUCCUCACUGGAGAGUACAUCAGCAAGGAUGGAGUGCCAUACUGUGAGGCAGAUUACCACGCCCAGUAUGGGGUGAAAUGUGAGACCUGCAGCAGAUACAUCAGUGGAAGGGUUUUGGAGGCAGGAGGGAAACACUACCAUCCAACCUGCGCUCGGUGCGCCCGCUGCAACAUGAUGUUCAAAGAGGGCGAGGAAAUGUACCUGACAGGAUGCGAGGUGUGGCACCCGUUAUGCAAGCAAGCGGCGAGAGCAGAGAGGAGACUCAGGCACAGACGCCUGUCCGAGGCCUCCAUCUCUCCCCCGGGCUCCUCAAUAGGCUCUCCCAGUAGAGUUAUAUGUGCCAGAGUGGAGAAUGAGAUCCUAGAUUAUAAGGACCUAGCUGCCCUGCCAAAGGUCAAAGCCAUAUAUGAGGUCCAACAGCCAGACCUCAUAUCCUCCUCAUACCAGCCGUACCACAGAUACAUCUCUGAUGACAGGCUAGACACUUACAGCUAUGGGGAGUCACUUGGGACUCUCUCUCCCUAUUCUCAGGACUAUGACAGCCUAGAUAUAAAGCAGAGGCGGUGCUCCAGUCCCGGCUACAUCGACUCACCAACAUAUAGCCGGCAAGGCAUGUCACCCAUCAUUCCUCGCUCUCCACAGCACUAUGGCUACCCUGGCUCUGAGAGUGGCAGGAGUUCACCUUACUAUAGCCAAGACGGGCGACCAAGCACACCCACCACAAACCAGCCCCCUAAACAUUUUCAUGUACCAGCCACAGGGGAUCCCAACAUCUACAGGAAGCCUCCCAUCUAUAAGAGAACGGACAAUCACGUGGAUGCAGCCACCAAAAGCAGGACCAGUGAGGACAUCCUCAGAUCCUCCAGACUGUCUACCUACUCUCCAGAGCCAUACAGCCAGUCAGAGUCUGACUACUACCCCUACACAAGCUCCCCCAGGGCCUAUCGGGCGCCGAGAAGACGCUUCUCGACGGGAGGAGAUGAAGAGACUUGGAGUCACGGUCUUCAAAGAAUUGGGAGUGGCAUCGGGAGGAUGAUUCUAAAGGAGGAGAUGAAAGCCAGAUCUGGUUCCUAUGACAACGACCCCUGGGGCAGCGCGAGGAAUUCUCGUAGCGGGAGCAAGGAAACACUGAACACAACAAGCUAUGGCACCACGGCGUACAACAACACCAUUAACGGCUCUCCUCGGUCACAGUACAGCACCGAUAGCGAUUUUGUUUGUAAGUCAGCUUCACUACCGGGAUAUGGUCGCAACGGCAUCCAGCGGCCUCAGAGUGCAGAUUGCUACCAGUACCAAUAUGACAGUGGCAGCGAGGUCAACUGGGGAAGCAGAGCAGAACAUAAAAUUUACCCCUAUGAGUCGCUCAUCGUCACCACCAGAGGGCGCAACAGGCUGCCCAAAGAUGUAGACAGAGCCAGACUGGAACGCCACCUGUCCCCAGAGGAGUUUGUCCAAGUGUUCAGUAUGACCGUGGAAGAGUUUGACCGGCUGGCUCUGUGGAAGAGAAAUGAACUGAAAAAACAGGCGCGACUGUUUUAAUAACAUACAGACGUGUGUUGAAUACUGCCAUAGAGCUGGAGACGGACUAACUGUAGGAGGGGACGGAUAGAAAUGAAGACUCCUACCCAGUUACACUGCCAUGCCCGAGAAACCUGUUCUACAUCCCCUCACAUGAUAAACCAAAUUCUGGUCCCACCAGAUGGACUCCUGGGAUACUGAGAGACAUUAUGCACAGCUGGACUGAUAAACUUGUGUGCAACUAGUGUGGGGUGCAAGCAAUAGAGACUGUCAUACAGUAGUGUUUUGCUUUUGUUAAGCCUAAAGGAUGAAGGAUGGCGUGACCGUUAGUGACCAGAACUGCAGUAGUAAAACAUAAUGAGGAGAAUUUUGGCUUUGCCUUAUUUGUUACGCUCUCUUAGGUAUGACUGUGCAGCACCAGCAAUCUGAAUGAGUAGAAUGUAGGUAUAGCAUAUCAUUUAUGACACUUUAUCAGUGAGAAUGACUAGAUGAAAAAGAGUGUGAGCCUGCGAGCAUCACUUUGCUUUUUUUUUUCUCUUUUUUUUUUUGCUUAGGGAUGCAUUUUGUUUACCUGUGCCCCUGUUUUCUUGCUCUCUCACAGAAACUAAGAGACCUCUAGUUUACAACAAUUGAGUUAGAAAUGAAAACCAAACUGAGAACGCAAAUGUACAAUUUAUCAGAUCACUCUGGUUAAACUUGUCAAAGGUCACCAAUAGAUUCAUCUCACUGUGCAGCUGUGCGAUAACCUAAAAGAAUGUGCAAUCACGGCGGUCCUGUCCUGCUUUUCUACCUGUUGCAAUAGAACAAUGACUAAAUGUUUUAGGAUGAGAGUUGUAGUCAUCCAUUUACAUUUGCUUUUUAUUUAUAUACUUUUAGAAUGGUAAUCUAAUAAUUUUGUAGCUCCAGAGAUUAUAUCACUCACAGAUAAAACACUCUGCAAAGGAUUUAACGUGCUGACAAAGAUCCAGGGUUGUUGAAGACUUUACUUCCUUUGAAUACUGUUAUUUUUGAUUUUUGUCACUAAAAUUAAACUUCAAAUCAAAAGCAG